AUGCCGUGGGAGGAAGGAACUCCGUAUGGAACGAUGGCUCUGAAAGGUGUCUUCAAGGAACGACUUCUUCAGAUCGUUUCGGUGGCUACACAGGUGGCCAUAUAUCGGCGAGUGCAGAGGUACAAGAUCGCAUUGCGCGGGCGUCAAGACGCCGAAAACAGGCGAACAAGAUCGACCUCGAACCAGUCAACGCCAAUGAUAUGGGGAUGGAGUGUGGACGCAUCGUAGAACGCGUUAUCGUUUGAAGUUGGCGUCGUGUUUAAGAGUAGAUGUGACAGAUUUGCGUAGAAUAGGGUAAGAUGUUAUCAUGAACGGAGAAGAAAGGGCUUUUCCAACACGGAGAUGUAGCACGGAUCAAAGCAUUUGUUGGAUAUCAGGUUUUACAAGAGGACAUCAACGCAGUAGUAUUUAGCAAGCUUACGAACGCAUGUAGGAUACCAUGAGCAUU